AUGCAUGUUCCGCCAAUCUAUGAACAGCAAAAAAUCGCUAACCUACUCGAUAAGAAAUGCUCUCAGAUAGAUACUGCUCUUGAAAAGACUCGUACCACUAUAGAGGAAUACAAGAAAUAUAAGCAGGCUAUCAUUACUAAGGCUGUCACUAAAGGUAUUCGUGGUGAUAGACCUAUGAAGGAUAGCGGUAUUGAGUGGAUUGGGGAAAUUCCUGCGGAGUGGAAUAGUAUAAAUCCUAAAGCAUUGUUCACCCAACGAAAGGAUAAAGCUCGUGAAGGUGAACGCCAAUUAACUGCUAGUCAGAAAUAUGGUGUUAUCUAUCAAGAUGACUAUAUGAAAAUUACAGGAAAUAAAGUGGUAACUGUUGUCAAAGAUUUUAGUAUAUUAAAACAUGUAGAAAAGGGCGAUUUUGUCAUAAGUAUGAGAAGCUUUCAAGGGGGAUUAGAGUACAGUGAAAAUACUGGUUCUAUUAGUUCUGCCUAUGUUAUGCUAAUACCUAAUAAAGGCAAAGUAUAUGAUAGAUAUUAUAAAUGGUUAUUCAAAUCAGAAUUAUAUAUUAAUGCCCUACAAAGUACAUCAGACUUAGUACGUGAUGGGCAAGCCAUGAGAUACUCUAAUUUUAUUCAAGUAAGAUUAUACACUGUGCCUAUAAUCGAGCAGCAAGAAAUAGCUGAUUAUCUCGACAAGAAAUGUGCUGCUAUUGACACCCUUAUCGCUAAGAAAGAACAGCUUAUCACUGACCUAGAAGCCUACAAGAAAUCCCUUAUAUAUGAGUAUGUGACAGGCAAGAAGGAGGAUUGCAAGGGUAUAUACGCUAUUUCCCGUAAAUGGGGCGAGAAAACAUCAGACGCUCGUGAAGAGAACUUACUAUACAUUGGUAAAACAGAACGUAAUUUUGAGCAACAUGAUAUUGAAAGUGCGCUUAUAUAUGAACUGCAACCUAAAAUGAAUGAUUCUAAGAUGCAAUCUUAUCGUUAUAAAAGCAAUUACUAUGUUUAUAUUAUAAAUUAUGGAUUUCGUGGUGUCGGCUUAAUCGAUAAGGUUAUAGAUGCUAAAACACAUUUGAAUGAAGACAGCAAAGAAGCCAAGGAGUUGAUAACAUUGGAAACAACCGAAAAGCGUUUUGAAGAAGAUAUUGAAGCCUCUUUUCUCUCUCCUGCUGGUGGCUACACUCAUAAUAAUGAUGCCUACAUACCAAAGCUGGGACUGCAUCAGGACACACUCAUCCGCUUUAUUCAAAAAACACAGCCUAAAGAAUGGCAGAGAUUUUUACUGCAAAAUAAACUAGAGCCAGAGAAUAAAUUUUGUUUGGCGUUCAAUAAUGCUUGUGAUACAGAUGGACUCCUGUCUGUACUUCGUAAAGGGUUCAAGCAUAGAGGAAUUACUUUUAGGGUAUGUUAUUUCAAGCCUGAGUCUACGCUUAAUCAGACGGCAGGUGUACUCUAUGCCAAGAACGAAAUAACCUGCAACCGUCAGUGGUAUUAUUCUGCCGACAACAGUAAAUCAGUAGAUAUGGUUAUAGCUGUUAAUGGUAUUCCUGUAUUCGCUUUUGAAUUAAAGAAUCAGUAUACAGGGCAGACUAUAGAGAAUGCCAUGCGGCAGUGGAUGUAUGACCGAAGUGAAAAGGAGCUUUGCUUCCAGUUCAAUAAGCGUAUUCUUGGUUACUUCUGCGUUGACCAGAUGAAUGUUAUGAUGGCGACCAAGUUAGCGGGUAAAGACACUUAUUUCCUGCCAUUCAAUCAGGGUUCCAGCGGUGCUGGCAUGGAUGGCGGCAAAGGUAAUCCAGCUAAUCCUAAUGGCUAUCCUACUUCCUACCUGUGGGAGAAUAUAUUUCAAAAGGAUAGCAUGAUGGAUAUUCUCCAGAAGUUCAUCCAUCUGCAGAAGAACAAAGAAAAGAAGAUUGACAAAGACGGUAAGGAAAGGCCUAUUGAGAAACAGGUAUUGAUUUUCCCUCGUUUCCAUCAGCUUGACGUAGUACGUAAGGUAAUAGAUGAUGUAAAAGAAUAUGGCACUGGCAAGAAUUAUCUUGUUCAGCAUAGUGCCGGCUCUGGUAAGUCCAACUCUAUCGGCUGGCUGUCAUAUCGUCUUGCGUCUCUCCAUGAUGAAAACAACAAGGCGAUAUUCAGCAGUGUCAUUGUCGUAACUGACCGUACUGUACUUGAUGCACAGCUUCAGGCAACCAUUUCAGGCUUUGACCAUACUCUCGGAGCUGUUGAGACCAUAGGCGAGGGUAAAAAGUCUGUAGACCUGAAGAACGCUAUCAAUGCUGGGGCUCGUAUUAUCGUUACUACCCUGCAGAAAUUCCCUGUCAUUUAUGAAGAGGUAGACAAGGUAGCAGGCAGAGCUUUCGCUAUUAUCGUAGAUGAGGCGCAUUCCUCACAGACUGGCACAUCUGCUCAGAAGCUGAAGAUAGCUCUUGCUGACACUUCAGAAGCAUUGAAAGAAUAUGCUGAGCUUGAGGGCAAGGCAGAAGAUGAAGUUGACCUCAAUGACGCUAUCGUGAAAGAAAUGCUGACUCAUGGCAAGCACAAGAACCUUUCAUUCUUUGCCUUUACUGCUACACCAAAGGCGCAGACACUUGAAAUGUUUGGUACUGAGGUAACUGGCGGCAGCUUCCAUCCUUUCCACGUUUACAGCAUGAGACAGGCUAUCGAGGAAGGCUUUAUUCUGGAUGUUCUUCAGAACUAUAUGACCUAUGAUACCUGCUUUAAGAUUGCAAAGGAGACAAGGGAGAAUCCAGAACUGCCUGAGAGCAGGGCAACCAAGAUUAUAAAGAAGUAUGAGAAGUUACAUCCUUAUAACAUCAGCCAGAAAUCUGAAAUCAUUGUAGAGACCUUCCUUAGCACCACCAAAGAUAAGAUUGGUGGCAAGGGUAAAAUGAUGGUGGUUACAGACUCGCGCCUUGCUGCGGUCAGAUAUUUCCAUGCGAUCAAUAAGUACAUAAAAGACCAUGGCUACAGCAAUGUUAAGUGUAUGAUUGCAUUCUCUGGUACUGUUACUGACGAUGGGACAGAGUUUACAGAGUCCAGUCUUAAUGUACGCCCUGAUGGUUCUCAUAUUUCCGAAGCCCAGACUAAGGCAGAGUUCCACGAGAACUUCAAUGUACUCAUAGUUGCAGAGAAAUAUCAGACUGGCUUUGACGAACCACUGCUCCACACUAUGAUAGUAGAUAAAAAGCUGAAGAACGUGAAGGCGGUACAGACUCUUUCCCGUCUUAAUAGAACCUGUACAAACAAGAAUGAUACCUUCAUACUUGACUUUGCCAACACCACUGAGGAGAUUCAGGAGGCAUUCCAGCCUUUCUAUCAGGAAACAAGCCUUUCUCAGCCAGUAAACACCGACCUUAUCUAUCAGGUUCAGCGUGAAAUCAGGGGCUAUGCACUCUACUCAGAGAAUGAUAUAGAGGCGUUCAUAGGUCGCUGGGAGAAACUCAAUCAGAGUAAUAAGGAUGAAAUGGGUAAGAUGACAAGUGCUUUGAAGCCUGUUGUAGACCGAUACAACCUCAAGGGUACAGAGGAGCGUUAUCAAAUUCGCCGUCAUGUCAGGAACUUUGUAAAAUGGUAUAACUACGUCGCUCAGGUAGUAAGAACCUUUGAUGCCGAGCUGCACAAGGAGUACCUGUUCCUGAAGUAUCUUGAGAAGCUGAUUCCUGCAGACCCAGUUGAACCUAUUGAUCUCGAUGGUAAAAUCAAGCUGGAGUAUUAUAAGCUGAAAAAGACCUUUGAAGGCGAAAUUUCACUGGGUAAGACAGGCGGCCAAUAA